AUGGUCAAGAAAGUAGCUCUCAUUACUGGCGGGGCUAGUGGAAUGGGACUCGCUGUUGCUGAAGCCCUCGCAGCUCGUACUAAUGAAGAGUGGGACCUGUACCUUGUCGACCUCAGCGCUGACAAUCUCACGAAAGCCACGUCCUCGCUCAAGAAUGGGCACGCUCACCAGGCGAAUGUAGCCGACUACGCCUCGCUGGUAGCGGCUUUCGAAUCAGCAUGGACAAAGUCAGGUCGUCUCGACUUCGUCUUCGCGAACGCUGGUAUCGCCGAAAAAGACAAUUUCUACGAAGAACAUGCUCUCGACGCGCCGCCUCCACCGCCGAACAGCCUCGUAGUCGAUGUCAAUUACACGGCAGUGAUAAACACCUCAUGGCUCGCGUUCCACUACUUCCGGAAAUCCCAGGCCAAGCAUGGCAGAGCGAACAAUGACGCGGCCCUAGUCAUGACUGCGAGCUGUGGUGGCCUCUAUCCAGCCGAGUUCGGCCCUAUGUACUCUGGUGCUAAAGCGGGAGUAAUCCACUUUAACCGUGCUAUCACAGUAGCAUACCACCAUGCUGGCAUUAGGACGUUCACGGUCUGCCCAAGCAUCGUUCGCACCGGCCUGUUGAGCGAAGAGGAAUGGGGAUCUCUCCCAGAGAGCUUCAUGACACCCAUGGAGACAGUCGUUGACGCCGUGGUGAAGGUGGUGGAUGGAGGAGACAUUGCGGACGGUAACGGAAAGAAAGUGGCGGGCAAAGACAACUGGGGUCUGACUGUGGAGCUUUUUGGCAAGAACUUCUACUUCCGAGACGGUGUAGAGUACUGUGAUGAGGCUAUGAGGACUAUGGCGACGAAUACAGGCAUGAAGGCGCAGCUAGAGAGGAUCGGGAAGACAAAGGCGGAGGGCGAACAUGGAGCGUGGGGAGGUAUCGGCGAUAAAGUUUGA